AUGGCUCAACCACUCACCACCCCAGAACAUUGGACAGAGCUCAUUGCCGCCAGGAGGCAGAGGCGGCUUUGUUCGGAACACGUGGAAGCGUUGAAGCGCUCUUGCGCAGGCGAAUGCGGGAAAAGACACGUCUCCGAGUGCGCAAAGUGCUGGUCUCUAGUCCUCGAGAGGAUGCGCCAGAGGUACAGCGAGGGCCAAGACCGCGAAUGGUUCACGUAUAGGAAAGCGUUUUACCAGGAGCUGCAAAGCCUGUUUGCAGACGCGAAGCAGCGCAAGAUAAGCGUCAGGCAGAUUGAGGCGCGGAUAGAUUCGGAAAAGGAAGCGUGGUAUCGAUGGGUCCUGAGGAAACACCCCGAGUACAUCGUCACCUGCGAUGUUCAGCAUGUCCACGAGGAGUUGAGAGCCAUGCUGGACGACCCGGAUCGGUCACGCGACGAGGUGGUGGGCAUGGUGUGGCGAGGAAUCGGGAAGCCCCCCGACUGGGCUGAGCAUGUGGAUGCGUUUGCGGUAGAGGUUGCUGCUGCUGGGGGCAAUCCGGCCGCCCUGAAGAGACUCUACGUGAAGGAGUUCUUCAUGGAUCAUGAGACGGGCGAGCCGCUGCAACAUUCGAAGCCGUUUCUGGAUGAAUACACCUCCAACGAAAACAUGAACAUCGAAGAGGCGUUUGGCAAGUUCAGCAAGGAAGCGCACGAGAUCAAGAUUAUGAUACCCCAGCGGGAAUUCUUCGUGAAUCGGCUGAAUGACCUUCGAAGGGCCAAGAUGGCCGAUGAUCUGGAAAAGACGCAGCAGGCUACAAUCGAGGCUCAAGCAGCCCAGGAGCGGAUAUCGGGUGAUGAGCUCUACAACCUACCUCCAUGUUCGGUGUGCGGAAAGGUCGUGGACACAAACGACGUCUUCUCUUGCACCGUAUGUCAGGCCACUGUGCAGAUUGGAGGCAACCAGGGACUUACGGUUUACUGCUCCGAGGAGUGCUAUGACGCUGGACACGCCAAGCAUGUUGAUGAGAUGCAUCGCUGCCAUGCCGGAGACCACUGCGUGCAGAACCGCGAUAACGGACCAGAAGAAGACGUCGUCAUGGAGGAUGAGGCUGCACUUGACGCGUUUGCCUGCAAAGACUGCGUGGGCCUGAAACGGCUGACACUGUUCUGCUCAGAACGCUGUGCGUCUGAAAACAUUGCCAGACACCAACACGAGGAACACGAGACCAAGAUAGAGGCGGAGGCAGCUUCCAGUUGGGUGAGUUCGUUGUCCCACGAGAUCGAGUCGAUCCUCAGUCGAGAGAAUCCAGGGAUAAAGAUGGUGUUGAUGUGA